UUGAUAUUUAUUUAUAGAAGCCAACGUUCGGUCGAAGCACUUUCGGAAUUUGUGCAGAAACAGCUAGAUUCGAGCAUUGUGGAAGUUCACAACGCUGAAGAGCUCAAGCAAAAACUCGAUCCGGAAAAGCGAAAUGUGAUUGCAUACUUCAGUCAGCUCUCUGGCCCUGAAUACGAGAACUUAAAGAAGGUGUCAUCUAUAUUGAGAGAGGAAUGCUCAUUCUUUGUUGCUACUGGACCGGAUUUCAAUGACAAACUUGCAAGUGGACCUUCUGUGUCGUUCAGAAAGGCAAAUGUUCCCGAAGAAUCUCCAUUAGUUGGCACUAUGCAAGAUUUCAAUCUUCUGAAGCAAUGGGUAUCUGACAAAUGUAUACCACUUGUGCGAGAAAUCACGUUUGAAAAUGCGGAAGAAUUGACGGAGGAGGGACUUCCAUUCUUGAUCUUGUUCCGGCAUCCUGACGAUAAAGAGAGUGAGAGGAUUUUCACAGAAGCGGUCAUUAGAGAAAUACCGGAUCAGAAAACUGCUGUGAACUGCCUUGUGGCCGAUGGUAAAAAAUUCGCACAUCCUUUGCACCAUCUUGGCAAACGUGAAAGUGAUCUGCCUGUAAUUGCGAUAGACUCUUUCCGACACAUGUAUCUUUUCCCAAACACUGAAGACAUGAAAGUCCAAGGAAGGUUGCGGCAGUUUGUUCUUGAUUUACACAGUGGAAAGUUGCAUCGCGAAUUCCACCACGGCCCAGAUCCAGUACAGCAGGUCACUGAUGCAAUGGACACCCAGACAACAAAAACAGUCAGAUACCCCAUCUUAUCGGUUAUGAGUUGCUUGAAAAUCGAUUUUCAUGCAUGCUUAUCAGUUUACUACUUACAAUAUGUUACCAUUUUUCUAAUAAUGGCGGAAAGCGAUAGCUUUGUUCUAGGGACGAACUGAAU